CUCAUUGUUUCCUCUCACAAACCAACAUGACUUCUGGGAAGUUACAUAGCCAUUGCUCGUGGAAUUCAAACUUUUGCCAACUACAAAAUGAAAUUACCAAUUCCACGAUCGAGAUAUCUUCUUUGUGCCUCCUUACCGCUGCCUAGAACCAUACCACGACACACAACGAGAUGGUCUUCCUCAAUAUCACAGAAAGCCGGGGCUGCAGGGUAACUAUCGCAAUUAUUUGUUAGUGGAAUAUGGCUGAUCGUAUACUUAGAAUCUGCUUCCCCGGUGCAGUAAACAGUAAAUUCACAAAAGCCCUCUCCUUCGAGAAUCCAGCUACCUACCCCGCGAUCCCCACAUACCGAUGUACAUCCCCAGACGGGGACAUAAUCGACUCCUCUGUCUCUCCUCCGCCCGAUUCCCUGGCGCUGGAAAUGUAUAAUAGCAUGUUGUCCGUGUCGAUAAUGGAUGUGAUCAUGUUCGAUGCUCAACGGCAAGGACGAUUGAGUUUCUACAUGACGGGGCAGGGCGAGGAGGGGACCUGUGUUGGGUCUGCGAGCGCCUUGGAGAAGGAAGAUGUGAUUUUUACGCAGUAUAGAGAGGCAGGGGUGCUUUUUCAGAGGGGGUACAAAUUCGAGGAGUUUAUGGCUCAGCUCUUUGCAAAUGGGAAGGAUCUGGGACGGGGGAGGAAUAUGCCGGUGCAUUAUGGGAGUAAAGCUUUGAAUAUCGUACGUUUCUCCAAUUGCUUCGUUGGGAAUUUAUGGACGAUACUAACAAAUUACCAGCAUACAGUCACAUCACCACUAGCUACACAGCUUCCUCAAGCAGCCGGCGCAGCAUACGCCAUCAAAAUGCAAGACCGCCAGAACUCCAACUCGAAGCCAAGAGUAGUAGCCUGUUACUUCGGCGAAGGCGCUGCCUCAGAAGGCGAUUUCCACGCCGCCCUCAACAUCGCAGCAACACGCUCCUGUCCCGUAAUCUUCAUUUGCCGAAACAACGGUUACGCAAUUAGCACGCCCACCCUGGAACAGUACCGCGGUGACGGAAUCGCAAGUCGUGGGACAGGUUACGGAAUCGACACCAUCCGCGUAGACGGAAACGACAUCUGGGCCGUCCGCGAAGCAACCAAACGGGCGCGCGAACUCGCCCUGAAAGAUGGCGGUCGACCCGUAUUAAUAGAAGCAAUGUCCUACCGAAUAUCGCACCACUCCACAUCAGACGACUCCUUCGCCUACCGCGCACGCGUGGAGGUAGAAGAUUGGAAGAGGAGAGAUAACCCCAUAACCCGACUACGCAAGUACCUCGAGAAAAAAGAUCUGUGGAACGAUGACCAGGAAGCCGCUGCGCGGAAACAGAUCCGAGGCGAGGUCCUGAAGGCAUUCAGUGAGGCGGAGAGGGAGAAGAAACCCCCUCUCAGCGCGAUGUUUGAAGAUGUUUAUGAGGAGAUUACGCCAGAGAUUAGAGCGCAGAUGGGGGAGUUGAAGGAUGUGCUGGAUCGGUAUCCUGAUGAGUAUGAUUUUGAUGAGUUUGAAGGGGGGAAGGAGAGUUUGGUUGGGAAGUAGGAUAGGAAACCAUUGGGGGAGGGGAGUGAGGAUAGGGGAUUAGAUUUUAUGAUACCAUGAUAGAUGAUAGUUAUAAAUUAGAAUGGAGAAGCGAUUCUAGAUCGUUG